UGCUCCUGUUCCUCUCUUUCUGUCGCGGAGGACGUUAGCCGACCGGCGGUAUAAGUGCUGCCCCAGGGCAGCUAGGAACGCGUGGUGCCUGAGUGUGGACGCUUUUAAAGUACAGAGGCGGAGCACCCGGAGGUGUCGGGAACCGAGUCCUCCUCGGCCGCUUCAUGCCAGGUUGGAGGCUGCUGGCUCAGGCCGGCGCCCAGGUGCUGGGCUGCGCCAGCGGCGGCGGCCUGGGUGCUAACCUGAGCAUGGGGUGUAGAACAAACAUCUGGCUUUUUGUUAGAGGUCUCCAUGGCAAGAGUAGUACUUGGUGGUAUGAGCAUCUUUCUGAGGAAAAUGCCUCAUUCGUUAAGCAGUUGGUCUCUGAUGAAGAUAAAGCCCAAUUAGCAAGUAAAAUGAGUCCUUUGAAAGAUGAACCAUGGCCUGUACAUCCUUGGGAACCAGGUUCUUCUAGAGUUGGCCUUAUUGCUGUGAAACUGGGUAUGAUGCCUCUGUGGACUAAGGAUGGUCAGAAACAUGCAGUCACAUUACUUCAGGUACAAGAUUGCCAUGUUCUAAAAUAUACUCCAAAGGAAAACCAUAAUGGAAAAACCGCGGCCCUGACUGUAGGAGGAAAAACUGUAUCACAUUUCCAUAAACCUACAUCUGUAUUGAAAUUUUACCGAGAACUUGGAUUGCCACCAAAACAGAAAAUUAAAAUCUUUAAUGUAACAGAUAAUGCUGUAAUUAAACCAGGCACUCCUCUUUAUGCUGCUCACUUUCGUCCAGGACAGUAUGUGGAUGUCACAGCCAAAACUAUUGGUAAAGGUUUUCAAGGUGUCAUGAAAAGAUGGGGAUUUAAAGGCCAGCCUGCCACUCAUGGUCAAACGAAAACCCAUAGGCGACCUGGAGCUAUUUCAACUGGUGAUAUUGCCAGAGUCUGGCCUGGAACUAAAAUGCCUGGACAAAUGGGAAACAUAGAUAGGACAUCAUUUGGACUGAAAGUGUGGAGAAUAAACACAAAGCACAAUAUAAUCUAUGUAAAUGGCUCUGUACCUGGACAUACAAAUUGUUUAGUAAAGGUCAAAGAUUCUCAUCUGCCUGCAUAUAAGGAUUUCAGUAAAAAUUUACCAUUCCCUACUUAUUUUCCUGAUGGAGAUGAAGAAGAACUACCAGAAGAUUUGUAUGAUGAAAACGUGUUUCAGCCCACUGCACCUUCUAUUACAUUUGCCUAACUCAUUGGACAUGGCAGAAUCUUACGUAUUCUGUGAAAUUUAAUGAGCCAAAGCAGUAAUAUUAUAUACUUCUUUUUUAGUCACAACAAUACUAUACCUGUCAUCUUUGUCAAAGGGCAUAAAUAUAUCACUUACCCCAACUGAAUUUUUUUAGAAAAAGUCCCACAUUAAAUAAACCAGUUAAGUAGCUUGCAUUUGCCAAAUUGACAGUUUGUAUAUUAGCAAAAUAUUUGUAAUUUGUGGACUUCAUUUUUUUUUUAACUACAUAUUUUCUGAACUGUCUUACAGUGUUUAUAAAUUUAACUUUCAUUAAAGAUUCAUCAUUGUUUGUAAAGGGGUGAUUGUGAAACAGAAAGCCAUAUGGGGACUAUGGUGUGACCUAUUUGGAUAAAUAAACAUUAUCCUAAAAUUUA